UGUGUGUGUGUGUAUAUGUCUGUGCAUGAGAGUGUGUGUCCGCGUGUGUGUCUGUGCGUGUGCGUCCACGCCACCCUGCGCUGGAAAUGCUGAGGCCGACGAGAGGUUUAUUUUUGGGUCAGUGACAGUGUGUCAAUGGCCGCAGAUGCGUCGCAAAGGAAGGCUCUGAGAUACCAACAGACCCUGCUUGGUGGGGAAUACCAUGAGCAUCCAGGCUCUUCUCGUCGGAGAGAGGCUACUCGCCUGCUGACAGAGAGACAAUGGAAGAAACAACACCACCAUCACCACAGCCACCAUCACCAUGGCCACUCCCAUGGUCACCGUGGACACAGCCGCAGCCACCAUGGCCGGCAUCACAGUCGCCACCCAGCCACAGAGGACGACGCCGGCAAAACCCCCAAAUCGGAACAGGACCACAUGUCCUCGCUGAAGAAGCGGCGGUCCUAUUCUAAGUGUAGAGACUGUGUGGCACGAGUACAGAAAUUCCUGGUCUCCAAGUUGGGUGAGGACUGGAUCUUCCUGGUGCUGCUUGGUGUGACCAUGGCUCUAGUCAGCUGGAGUAUGGACUACGCUAGCGCUAAGAGUCUACAAGCUUACAAGUGGAUCCACGCAGAGCUGCGGGGUAAUAUUCCGCUACAGUAUCUGGCUUGGGUCUCGUAUCCCAUGAUCCUCAUCAUGUUCGCCUCUUUCUUCUGCCACCUGGUGGCACCCCAGGCUAUCGGUUCUGGUAUUCCCGAGCUGAAGACCAUCCUGAGAGGUGUGAUCCUGAAGGAGUAUCUGACACUCAGGGCAUUCGCUGCAAAGGUUGUGGGCUUGACGGCCGGGUUGGGCAGUGGCAUGCCUGUGGGCAAAGAGGGUCCUUUUGUUCACAUAUCCAGCAUCUGUGCCGCUACGCUCAGCAAUGUCAUGUCCCGCUUCUCAGGGGUCAACCAGAGCCCCUACUGUUAUACUGACAUCCUGACCGUGGGAUGUGCUGUUGGGGUGGGAUGCUGUUUUGGGACCCCUCUUGGAGGGGUGCUGUUCAGUAUAGAGGUCACCUCCACCUACUUUGCUGUGAGGAAUUACUGGAGAGGGUACUUUGCAGCCACAUUCAGUGCCUUCAUAUUCAGAGUGCUCUCUGUAGUUAACAAAGAUACAGUCACCAUCACCGCUCUCUUCCGCACCAAAUUCCGUAUGGACUUCCCCUUCGACUUGCAGGAGCUGCCGGCAUUUGCCGUGAUUGGCAUCGCCUGUGGGUUCAUGGGCGCCUUCUUCGUGUAUCUCAAUCGUCAGGUGGUACUGUUCAUGAGGAAGCCCAACACACUGACGCGCUUCCUCACCAGACACCGGCUGAUAUUCCCAGGAGUCGUCACACUACUGAUCACCACCCUGACCUUCCCUCCCGGUUUUGGACAGUUUAUGGCUGGAGAGUUGAUGCCCAGGGAGGCCAUCAACUCUCUGUUUGAUAACUUCACCUGGACUAAGGUGUGGGGGAACCCGCUUCCACCGGGCUUGGGGCGAUCUGCUGCCUGGUUCCACCCUGACGUCAACGUGUUUGUCACCCUGUUUCUCUUUUUUGUUAUGAAGUUCUGGAUGUCUGCAGUCUCUACCACCAUGCCCAUCCCCUCAGGAGCCUUCAUGCCUGUCUUUGUCCUUGGGGCAGCGUUUGGCCGGCUGGUGGGAGAGAUCAUGGCCGCCCUCUUCCCUCACGGCAUUCUGUUUGAUGGUAUCCUGUAUCGCAUCAUCCCUGGAGGGUAUGCUGUAAUUGGUGCUGCAGCAUUGACGGGGGCUGUCACACACACGGUCUCCACAGCGGUGAUCUGCUUCGAGCUGACAGGCCAGAUCUCACACAUCCUACCCAUGAUGGUGGCGGUGAUUCUGGCCAACAUGGUGGCCCAGGGCCUGCAGCCGUCCCUCUACGACUCCAUCAUCCAGGUGAAGAAGCUGCCCUACCUGCCUGAGCUGGGCUUUGGCCACAUCAGUCAGUAUAACAUCUUUGUUGAGGACAUCAUGGUACGGAAGGUGAAGUUCAUCUGUUCCCAGACAACGUGUCGAGAGUUGCUCUAUCUCCUAGACUCCAUAUCCCUCAAAGCCAUCCCUCUGGUGGAUUCCAAAGAAUCCAUGAUUCUAUUGGGCUCCGUUGACCGAUCAGAGUUGCUGGCUCUUUGUGAUUGGUGGCUGUCAGCCGAGCGGCGAAUCAUGAUGCAGACCCAGGGUCUGCAGCAGCAGGAGUCCUGUGUCAGGGCCAGCUGGGAGUCCUUCGCCUACGUGGACGAGGAGGCCGAAGACAAUGGAGACAAAAAUACUCAUAUCCAGGAAGAGCGAAAUGGCCCCCUGCCUUCUCCUAAACCAUCAGAACCAGCCACCAAUCAUACGGCUCCUGAUAAAGGCCCUCUGCAGUCUGUGAGGCGAACUCUGAGGAACAUGUUUUCAUCCUCCUCAGACAGACAAACAGAAGGUCAGACACAGGACCUCUCCCCUCCACCCCUCACUGACACCAUGACUCCAGAGAAGAUCAAAGCGUGGGAAGAGGAGCAGAUGGACCAGCCAUUAGAGAUCGAUCAGAUCCGCAUCGACCCCUCGCCCUUCCAGCUGGUGGAGAGGACAUCACUGCAUAAGACUCACACACUAUUCUCCUUACUGGGGCUGAGUCAUGCCUACGUGACCAGUAUUGGACAACUGGUCGGGGUUGUGGCACUCAAGGAGCUCCAGAAGGCCAUCGAGGGGUCGACCCGCAGUGGUGUGAGACUACGUCCCCCUCUGGCCAGCUUCCGGGAGUCCAGACGCAAGUCAGCAAAGCCCCCCACUUCAACCUCCUCCGGCCCCUCUUCUCCCUCCUCCCCCACGUCCCCUACGUCCCCAUUCACCCCUGCUCUUACCCCCCAUCCACCCCCUGCUCCCACCCCUGACCCAGCCCCAGAUGCACCUGCCCCAGCGAAGGAGAUGGAGGUGUGGAUCGAGGGGGUGUGGCGCGAGCCCCAGGUUGGGGUGGAGAGCAGCAGUAGCACCAGCAGCACCAGUGGCAGCAGCAGCAGCCUCAGCAGCACCCCGUCAGGGAGUAACCCCUCACUAGUGCCCCCCACACCUCCGUCACCCUCCACCAUCCCCCUCUCCAACCUGCAGCCUGUCCCCGAGGUGGUGCUGGAGGAGACAGAUGAAGAGGAGCCUAUCUAACUCACCUGGGGGGAGGGUGAUGUCUUGUUUAUUUUUUACUUUUGAAGUUUUUUUAUGAUGUUGGAAAGAUUUUGUUAAACAAUCUUGCUUUCUCUAUUCUCAGUUUUACUCUCGCUGUUCCUCUUUUGUGGUCGGAUGAGUUUUAAGUCUUGAGUCUUUUGUGGUGCUAUUGGCUGAGUUCUCAAUUGGAUCAUUCUAGAUUUUUUACAAUUUCGAGGAGCUCCUUAAAUGUUAGAAACCUCAAGUCACAUUUUAUUUCCUAUUGACAGAGUGUCAGUAUGAUCACAAAUACCAUCACUCUAAGGCAAAAGUAAUUAAAUUAAAUUGGAUGUAUUGUUCAAUAUGAGGAAGCACAGUGCAUGUAUGAUGUAACUUAUUUCAUGCUGUAAAUUAUCUUAAAUGAGAUUAUUGUAAUACACCAACAUAAAUUAAAGUAAAACAUAAAUAUCUAAAAUAAAGCUGCAUCCGGUAUCACAGAAAAUUCCAGAGAAAUUAAAACUCAUCCUCACCAUUGACAUCAUUCUUCCUCAUUACUGUUGUGAUGUAUGUGAGUGAAUGGGUCAGAUGAGAUCAGGUCCUGAUUGAGAAAAGUUGAAGACGUGCUCAGGUUAUCCUGGCUUUUUUAUAUGGUUGUUUGAUAUGUAGCAUUUGAGUUGCAUGGAUUUUUUUUUUAAAUCACUAGAUUUCCCUUUCCCAGAUCCAAUGAAGAUUAUUAUAUUGCAAAAGUGCCUCUUCCAAGGCUUGGUAGCUAUUAAAUUCACUGGAUGGUCUUUCAACAUGAACAUGUAUAAUGGAAUGGAAAGACCCUGCUUUAACAUGACAGUUAUUCUCCCGUGAGUGAUAUGGGCUUUCGUUGAAUUCAUCCUGAAUUAUGUAUACGGAUGAAGUGUUAUGUCACUGUCAAGUUCAGUGAAGCAUAAAUGUCAAAGUGAACAGUUUUCUAGCUCGUUUAUGUCCGGGCUGAAAAUGGAGGUGAAAAAACGCCUUGGUAAAUAUGAACCGGGAUUUUUGUCCAUUCCAACUCCAUGCCCACUUAAAUUCCUGUGUCUGACACUAAAAUUGAAAUGGAAAUCAGCUUAUUUUCUGACAAUGACAAAUCCUGUGUCUAGUGCAUCAGUAUGCCAAGGCCUUUUCUCUAUGUCUGCAGGUGAAUAUCUCUUUCAUUUUCUCUCUCCUUCUCCUGUCAGAGGAAGUCUCUGAAAUUGCCUGUCCUCUAUAGAAGCACCCCCACAGUCUAAUUUAUAGAAUCCAUGAAAUUAAAAUAUAACUAUUAUUUUAUUAUUUUAACUGCACACAUGAUAUAAUAAAUAAUAAAUUAAUAAAAGAAAACAUGGCACACAAUAUGGUUUGAUUUAAAAGAAUAUGGGAAGAACUGAAGACACUGUGUUAUAGGGUAAACUGUUCCCUUUAAACCCCUUUAAGGGGAAUAUCUUUCCAUGUCUUCUAUCAGCUAUCAGUCUUUGGCAGCUAAGUGCUCUUAACCUUGAGUAGAAUCUUCAAAAGAAUGAUACAAUCUUUGGACGACGCAUGAUAACCCUGUGGUUCUCAUCAAGGCCAACUCUACUCACGGCCAACCAUCCGAAUAUAGACAAUGUUACAGACGUUCAAAUUGUAACCUCAGUAUAUGUACAGUAAUACAUUGUAAAAAUUGUGUGCCUUUUGUCCUAUUCUACUGUGAGGACCUGUCCAUCUGUGGCUUCCUGGGGCUUUUUGGCUCUUAGAGGUAAAAGGCUAUACAGCCAUCUCAAAGAUCAGAGGCAGCCUCAGCUGGAAAAGGAGAGAAAAGGAGCCAUGGAGUGUUUAUCCAGACCUUACAAGGACAUUUGCUCUUUCUGUGAUCUUCCUCUCGCUCUCUCUCAUACACACACACACUUUCUCACUAUCUCUCUCUCUCUCUCUCAGGUUGAUCCAUAUGUCUUUAAACUGGCAGGUUCUUCAUCAUCAGAAGAUUGUCUGCUUUCUUGAUGUACCAAAUGUCUCUCUGUGUGUUUUAAGAAUGAAGGAGGAUCUGUAUGUGUUGUACGUCUCGGCGUCCUGUUUGUAGUCUUGUAUUCAUCUCUUUUUGGGGUCGAUGGGAUUCAUAACAACUGCUAAUAUUACAGUUGUUACGUGUUUUGUUGCAGCUGAUAUUUUAUAGAUAAACAUCUUUGGAUAGAGAUAUAUAUAGAGAUAUAUGGAAUUGCUUAAAUUAUUUUAGUUAAGUUAAACUAUAUUUAAUAUGUUAUUUAUAAAUAAAGUUUUAUGACAA